AUGGCCCGGUUCGCGGAGCUGGAUGAAUCAUCCGAUGAGCAGGCACCCACGGUUCGCACAUUCAAAGUGACGGUGCUUGGAGAUGGGAGUGUUGGCAAGUCUUCCAUUUGUAGCAGAUUUGCAAAAGAUUUCUUCGCUACAUCGUACAAGCAGACCAUCGGUGUGGACUUCUUUUCACAAACUGUGUGCCUCGACGACGGCAACAAGGUUACCUUUAACCUGUAUGACAUUGGAGGGCAAUCAAUUGGCUCCAAGAUGCUUUCUGCAUACAUUUCUGGCACAAACGCACUCAUUUUUGUCUAUGACCUUACUAACGCCGAGUCUCUGGAGAACGUUGUGGAGUGGUAUGCCAUGGCGAGAAGAUCGGUUAAGUCGAUGAAAGAUGUCGUCGUCUAUCUGGUAGGCAACAAGUCUGAUCUUGCCACCCUCCGGGUCGUCCGGUCCUUUCGAAGCAAUGAGAUUUCUGCUGCCAUUAAUGCUUCCGCACAUUUACUAUUGUCGGCCUUGACUGGCGAUCGCGUAGGCUUGCUCUUCAUCAGCCUAGCAGGACGUUUGUGCGGAGUGGAUGUAACCAGUAUGAUUCUCGAUGGAAAGAUGGGUCACACAGUGGAGGUAAGCAAGGAUACCGAAGAGACCGUCAGUUGCAUCAACAAGGAUCGAUUUCUUGGUAAUGCAGACACAGUUGACGGUGCUAGUGCUGUCGCCCGUGCAAAGGAUCUGGAGAGUAGAAUGGCGAAGAAGAUACAGGAACUUGAGGGACAGGCGACUGGAAUCCCUCAUCAGACCCUGGUUGGUGUAGAGAGAGCAAAGCGAUCCGGUCGGUGCGCUGUGAUGUAG